CUUUCGUGAUUCGACGAGAUAUGUUGACAUGAUGUUGACGCGACUUUGCUGCAUGUCAAUCUCACUCAGAUACCAUAUUCCACCCUGAACAGUCGACUUUCCUUGCUUCAUACACCAAUAUGCCUCCCUACCUGAGCGCCACUCGCUCUCACCUGCGUGAUCAUAAACUUGAUCGCCAAAUCGAAGUCAUGGACGAAGGAGAUGCCAGUGAUCUCGACGACCUCGAUAUUGUCAAGCACACUUCCAAACAAGUGAAUUUGCUUGACACCUUUAACAACUCAGACAAUACCGACAGUGAUCUCCUCAAUUCGGAUGACUCUAAGAAAGCUGGUCGGAAACGCCCGAGAGAUGAUGAUGGCGACCGAAUUGUCUUCGACGAAGAUGGAGAGGAUGACGCUUUCGAAAAGUUCAAAUCUCGCAAGUCUGAUCAAAGAAAGGUCACUGCUGCUCGUAACAAAAAAGCAAAGGCCAAAGCAAGUGCCAUGGUUGGCAAGAAGAAGCAAGCUCUUCUCGAAUCAAAAAAGCCCAAUCAGCGCAAGUUCAAGGCCAAUGACAUCUACGCCACUGACUCUGAAGAUGAGCUACCGGAGAGCACCUUGCCUCAGUUCCUGCAAACUCGAAAGUCGAAAUGGAACAGAGACCGUGCCGAGAUAGGCGAGGAUGUCUUCUCCAGACCUCCCAAUUACGAUGCUGUCUACUUUACCGAUGACGAGAGAUUGGAAGAGUUGCAGGAGCGACCCAUGCUUCGGAAUGUUGAGCCGUCACAAGAGUACAAAGAUAUUGAGUUGAAGGACUCACACGGUGUCAUUCCAGCGCCAAUUGCGCAAUGGCUGCGAGACUAUCAGGUAGAUGGUGCCAAAUUUCUGCACGAGCUCUUCGUCUUCCAAGAAGGUGGCAUUCUAGGUGAUGACAUGGGCUUGGGCAAGACUAUCCAGGUCAUUGCGUUCCUGACGGCUGCGUUUGGCAAGACUGGAGACGAGCGCGAUGUCAAGCGAAUGCGAAAGAUGCGACGUGAAGGUCGUUGGUAUCCAAGAGUUCUUCUGGUCUGUCCCGGAUCUUUAAUGGACAAUUGGAAAUCAGAGCUUGAUCGUUGGGGGUUCUGGCAUCACGACACCUACCACGGAGCCAAUGCGAGUCGCUCUGCUGUCUUGUCUGCUGCGAGGAUGGGCAGACUUGAGAUCAUGAUCACGACUUACACAACCUAUCGUAAUCACCGCGGCGAAAUCAACAUGAUCGAAUGGGAUUGUGUUAUUGCUGAUGAAUGUCACACUAUCAAGGAGCGAAGCUCAGAGAUCAGCAAGGCCAUGAACGAAGUCAACGCUUUGUGCAGAAUCGGUCUCACUGGUACUGCUGUUCAGAACAAGUACGAUGAAUUUUGGACUCUUCUCAACUGGACCAACCCCGGCAAAUUUGGCACCAUGGCCGAAUGGAGACAAAGUAUCAGUGGUCCACUCAAACUUGGACAAUCUCAUGAUACCACUAACGCUCAGCUGGCCAUCUGCAGAAGAGUCGCUGAGAAAUUGGUCAAGAAUUUGCUACCACCAUACUUCAGACGUCGAAUGAAGUCUCUGAUUGCACAUCAGCUGCCGAAAAAGACCGAUCGAGUGGUCUUCUGUCCUCUCUCGGACGCACAAUCUGAAGCUUACAUGAAUCUUGUUGACAGUGACAAGAUUGACUACAUCCGACGUUCGUCUGAUCCUUGUGACUGCUCGUCUGGCAAGAAAAGAGGAUGGUGUUGUUACCAGGAGAUCCCUGAUCGCGGCAAAUGGCAGCAUCACGUCUUUCCCAUGCUCAUGACUCUACAAAAGCUGGCCAACCACCUCGCUCUUCUCUGCCCUCAAAGCAAAGACUCAAAGGAAAUGCAAGACAAGGAGUUGGAGAACCUUCAGUUGGCACUCCCCGACAAUUGGCUCGAUAUGUACACCAACCGUGAUCAGAUUACCAACUACGCCAAGUCCGACUUUUGUGGGAAGUGGAAAGUGCUGCGCAAGCUUCUCAAGUUCUGGCACUCAAAUGGCGACAAAGUGCUCGUUUUUAGCCACUCAGUCCGUCUUCUCAAAAUGCUUCAGAUGCUCUUCAAAUCAACUACAAGCUACAACGUCUCCUACCUUGAUGGUAGCAUGAAGUAUGAAGAUCGCACGACAGCCGUCGACGACUUUAAUGCCAACGAGACACAAUUUGUCUUCCUCAUCAGUACGAAAGCUGGUGGUGUAGGUCUGAACAUCACCUCGGCCAACAAAGUCGUCAUAUUUGACCCGAACUGGAAUCCGAGCUGGGAUUUGCAAGCUCAGGACCGUGCCUACCGUAUGGGACAACUCCGAGAUGUUGAAGUGUUCCGUUUGAUCUCCGCCGGUACUGUUGAAGAGAUUGUCUAUGCCCGUCAAAUCUACAAGCAGCAACAAGCCAACAUCGCUUACAACGCAUCCACAGAACGUCGCUACUUCCGUGGUGUACAGGACACGGCCGAUAAGAAGGGUGAGAUUUUCGGUCUCUUGAACCUUUUCAGCUACGAAGGCGAGAACCUUGUCCUUCGUGACAUUGUGAACAAGACCAACAUCGCCGAAUCCAAGGCCGGCGUCAGUGUAGUUGGGCUCGACACAUCCCAAGACGCCGACGAUGAUGAAAAUGACGAUACUAACAAGGGUGAUGAUGAUGCAAUGUUCCAGCUCGCCGCCGAAAUCACUGGCGAAGGCAUCAAGAAGAAGAAAAAGCAUGAGGAUGAAUUAGACACGGAAACCAAACGACAAGCUCGCGCUGUACAAGCAAUUCUCAACAUGGCUGGUGUAGAGUACACACACGACAACAACGAUGUCAUCGGCUCAUCCAAGAUGGAAGCACAACUGUCCAAACGUGCCAUGGCUGCUGGUACGGACUUCGAUCUAUCCAACGAGUACGCAUUUGAGAAGUCGCAGGAUGUCAGAAACGAUCUUGAGGAUGAGAAGAAGUUGCCUUACAAGUACAAGCCUCCCGAGUUCGUCAGGAAGAGAUUGUUCUGCUCGAUGGCGGAGUUCUACGGUUUUGCCGAUGCGACGGAGUUUGCACUUGUGCUUGAGGGGUGGAGCGAGCAGAGGAAGACUGAUUGUCUGAACAAAUUCUACAGACACAGGAGAGAGGUUCUAGAGAAGGAAGAUGAAGAUGAAGGUGAUGAAGGCGAGAAGUCUGCUUACUUUGCCUAAACCGCUUUUCUUCCUUUGGCGUUAUGCGUAUCGGCGGAGGGGGUCU